AAAGAUAUAGUUGCGCACAAAACAGCUAACAAAAAAAUGCAACAUGUAAAAUAAAAUCGAUUAUUAUAUCGAUCAUAAUAACAGGGCAUGACUGCACAAGCCGUGAGUAUCUUGGUGGGAUGGAACACAGCAAACCCACGUGGUUUGCAGGUUUCUCGAGCCGUGGUGGUCCGCGCGGGUCUGGCGGGAGCGUCUGGACAGAGAGCUGAACUACGCGGCCGGCAGAACGCAGCUUGACAGCACACAAAUAAAUUAAUAAACUUAGAAGUAACGUCAAGUUAACAGCGACUUUGGCUGGCAAUGGCGGAACGUGUGCUGGUGAUUGGAGGCGGGGGCCGUGAACAUGCCCUGGCAUGGAAGCUGGCCCAGUCCCCUCAUGUUCAACAGGUCCUGGUCGCCCCAGGAAAUGCUGGCACCGCAAACUGCGGAAAGAUCUCCAACUCUGAGGUGUCUGUUACAAACCACUCCAUUCUGGCACAGUACUGUAAGGACCACAAUGUGGCGCUGGUUGUAGUAGGACCAGAGGUGCCCCUUGCAGCAGGAAUUGUGGAUGACCUGACAGCUGCAGGAGUACUUUGCUUCGGACCCACAGCUCGUGCAGCCCAACUGGAGGCCAGCAAGAGCUUCUCAAAGAGCUUCAUGGAUCGUCACAGCAUCCCCACAGCCCGCUGGAGCUCUUUCACUGACUCGCAGGAGGCCUGCAACUUCAUCCAAGGGGCAGAGUUCCCCGCGCUAGUAGUGAAAGCCAGCGGUUUGGCGGCAGGGAAGGGUGUCAUUGUGGCCGGAAACAAAGAUGAGGCCUGCCAGGCUGUCAGGGACAUCAUGAAGGACAAAGCAUUCGGCUCAGCUGGAGAAACUGUGGUAGUGGAGGAGCUGUUGGAGGGAGAGGAGGUUUCAUGCCUCUGUUUCAGUGAUGGCUUUACCGUUGCCCCAAUGCCGCCAGCCCAGGAUCAUAAACGACUGCUUGAUGGGGACCAGGGACCCAACACGGGUGGCAUGGGGGCUUACUGUCCUGCCCCGCAGGUCUCAGAGGAGAUGCUCCAGCUCAUCAAAACUAUGGUUCUGCAGAAAACCAUAGAUGGAAUGAGAGAGGAAGGUGCUCCGUAUAUCGGUGUGCUGUAUGCUGGGCUGAUGAUCACCAAAUUGGGGCCAAAGGUCCUGGAGUUUAACUGUCGCUUUGGUGACCCUGAAUGCCAGGUCCUAAUGCCACUGCUGAAGAGUGACCUGUAUGAGGUUCUUCAGAACACACUGCAAGGCAAGCUUGCCUCCAGGCCACCAGUAUGGCAGGAGAAGAGUGCUGCUGUUACUGUGGUCAUGGCCAGCGGUGGCUAUCCAGGCGACUAUAAAAAGGGUGUUGAGAUUACAGGCCUGUCCCACGCACAAGAACUGGGACUGCAGGUUUUCCAUGCAGGAACUACCCUGAAGGAAGGGAAGGUGGUGACAAGCGGAGGGCGAGUCCUCACUGUUACCGCUGUGCACUCACACCUCAACAGCGCCCUGCAACUUGCAAACCAAGGCGUGGGUGCUAUAGCCUUUUCGGGGGCUGUAUACCGUCGGGACAUUGGGCACCGGGCCAUCUCCUUCCUGACCUGCUCCAGGGCACUGACCUACAAAGACAGUGGUGUAGACAUAGCAGCUGGAAACAAGCUGGUUGACAUGAUCAAACCUGUAGCAAAGGCCACGUCUCGACCUGGUUGCUCUGCAGAGCUUGGUGGUUUUGCGGGCCUGUUUGAUCUGAAAGCUGCAGGGUUUACUGACCCCAUUCUUGUGUCUGGGACUGAUGGAGUUGGGACCAAGCUGAAGAUUGCCCAGGCAUGCGACUGCCACAGCACUAUAGGACAAGACCUGGUGGCUAUGUGUGUGAACGAUGUGCUAGCACAGGGGGCAGAACCCCUCUUCUUCUUGGACUAUUUCUCCUGUGGGCAACUGGACGUCACUGUCGCCGCGUCUGUGAUCGAAGGGAUAGCUGAGGCCUGUUGCCUGGCAGGCUGUGCUUUGCUGGGAGGCGAGACUGCUGAGAUGCCAGGAAUGUAUGGACCUGGGGAGUAUGACCUGGCUGGGUUCUGCGUGGGGGCAGUGGAUCGAGGUCAGCUUCUGCCCCGGCUGGCUGACAUUGUGGAAGGGGACCUGCUCAUCGGGAUCGCCUCCUCCGGGCUGCACAGUAAUGGGUUCAGCUUGGUGCGCCAGGUGCUGGAUCGGACAGACCUACAGUAUAGCUCCCCUGCACCCUUUGGGCGACCUGGACAGACUGUAGGUGAGGUUCUGCUCACACCCACAAAGAUAUACAGCAAAAUCCUCCUGCCAAUCCUCCAGAACGGCAGCGUGAAAGCGUACACCCACAUCACAGGGGGUGGCCUUUUGGAGAACAUCCCUCGGGUACUGCUCCCUGAGCUGGCUGUUGACCUUGAUGCCUCUCACUGGAGAAUACCGGCAGUGUUCUCCUGGCUACAACAGAAAGGAAUCCUAUCGGAGGAGGAGAUGGGGCGCACUUUCAACUGUGGGCUUGGUGCGGUGCUUGUGGUGGGACGGCAGGAUGCCCAGCAGUUGCUGAGGGAGGUGCAGGCCCAGGAGGAUGCCUGGAUCGUGGGCUCUGUCACAUGCCGGCAGCCAGGAGCAGAGCCUGUGGUCAUCCGGAACCUGCAGUACAGCCUACAGGCAGGAACAAAUCCCUGCACAGACACCAGCUCCCUGGGAAAUGGAUUGGUUCAAGGAGGUGGCAUUUGCCAAAAGAAGACCAAAGUAGCUGUGCUCAUCUCUGGGACAGGUACGAACCUGCAGGCCCUGAUAGAGCAGGUGAAGAAGCCCUCCAGUUCAGCAGAGAUUAUUGUUGUCAUUUCCAACCGCCCUGGGGUGCUGGGGUUGAAGAGGGCUUCAAUGGCUGGCAUUCAAACCCGGGUGGUUGACCACAAGCUGUAUGGGAGCCGGGCAGACUUUGACAGCACAAUUGACCAGGUGUUAGAGGAAUUUGGCGUAGAGGUCAUCUGUCUCGCUGGGUUCAUGAGGAUUCUCACAGCUCCUUUUGUCAAGAAGUGGAAUGGGAAGCUGUUGAACAUCCAUCCCUCCCUACUGCCUUCUUUCAAGGGGGUUCAUGCCCAGCGGCAGGCCCUCCAGGCUGGGGUGCGUCUCACUGGCUGCACGGUGCAUUUUGUGGCUGAAGAAGUAGAUGCUGGAGCCAUCAUUGCCCAGGAGGCAGUGCCGGUAUUGGCGAAUGACACAGAGGAGAGCCUUUCAGAGAGGGUGAAAGAAGCAGAGCACCGUGUAUUCCCUGCAGCUCUAGAGCUGGUGGCAAGUGGAGCUGUGAGACUGGGAGAAGAUGGGCGCAUUGUCUGGAGUAUUACUGAUACAGCACUUGUGUAACCAACAGAUCAGCUGAACAUAUCUUGAACUGUUAAAUCAAGUUUUCUGAAUAAAAAGAAAGGCAAGAUCACUUUAGGGACCAAGUUAUUUCAAUAAGACUUGAACAAGGAUACUAUAGUAGGAGGCAUUGACUAGCAGCCUUCAAGUGCAUGGCAGCAGCUCUAACAUCUACACCUGCUGAACCUCAUCUGCCCAUAACUCCUGCUUGCCACCCCUAGCUACUCCUAAUGACCUCUUGAAAUAAUGGUGCACUAAAUGUCAGACUAACUGUAAAUCCACAUAGCUUUUAAUUGCAUAGCAACUGCUUUGUCUAUUAAUGAUGUAAAAUUCCUGGGUCCACUCUGAUAAUUUUCCUGAAUGUAUAAUGGUGGGUCAAAUUCCACAUUCCUUUUAAAAGAAUCCCCUAUACAGCAAGAGAAGGGUUUCUUAGGUGUUUUCAGUUUAUUGUAGAACAGGCAUGCAUGUACCUAUUAAACAUGCUUUUGUAAUCCUUU